UAAACUCACUUCUAUGAUUUACACAAAGAUAUGGACCAGAACCACAUGGAACGGGAAAGUGGGGGCUGCUCACCCUCUGCCCCUGAGGAGCAUCCAUCAAAGUGGGGCCAGUGCCCCUGCCUGGGUCCCUUUCCCUACGAGAUCUCCCCAGCCUUGCUCCAUGGUACCUGCCGGCCCCUCCCUGCCUUUGUGACUUCGGGGCACUUGACCUUUGGCCUGCUGGCAGCCACAGCCCUUCCCAGGCUCUCCAGCCUGGCCUGUCACCACCCACAGUUAAGCAGGACCAAAAAAGUCAUCCUUCAUCCCACACCAAACUAUUUCACGCAUACACCCCUCUCUGCCAUCACUUUACCCCCAAGAGUCAUCCCAUAAGACAAAUAAUAUUUUGGGGAAAGGAAGAAAAAAAUCAAAACAUCAAAUCGAUACAUUGAAAAAAAAAUCCAAAUCCUGUGCAAUUUGAAACCUUCCAUCCAAGCUUAUCAACCUUCCGUCCCCAUGAAAGCCUUGGUUAGCUACCACUACCUGCCUGCCACCGAGCAGACCUCUGAUGCAUCCUGGUGCGUGAGGCUGGCCACGGUUGUGUCCCCGAAGACCAUCAGCUCCAUGGAGGCCGAGCUCUCACCCCAAUUCCAGGCUGAAACCCCGACCCCCAGGAUGCCCCGGACCUUCAGUUCCAUGAGUGCGGAUAGCGCGCCUCGGUUCGAGGCGGGGACCCCGACCCCCAGGAUGCCCCGGACCUUCAGCUCCAUGAGUGCGGAUAGCGCGCCUCGGUUCGAGGCGGGGACCCCGACCCCUAGGAUGCCCCGAACUGUCAGCUUCACGAGUGCAGAGAUGGCAUCUCGGUUAGAGGUGGGAACCCCGACCCCCAGGAUGCCCAGGGCCGUCAGCUCAAGUGCAGAGAGCACACCUCGGUUCGAGGCGGGAGCCCCGGCGCCCAGAAUGCCCAGGGCCAUCAACAACACGAGUACAGAGAUGGCUCCUCGGUUCGAGGCGGGGACCCCGACCCCCAGGAUGCCCCGGACCAUCAGCUCCAUGAGUGCGGAGAUGGCUCCUCGGUUCGAGGCGGGAACCCCGACCCCCAGGAUGCCCCGGACCGUCAGCUCCACCAGCGCAGAGAUCGCCUCUCGAAUCGAGGCAGGAACCCCGUCUCCCAGAAUGCCCAGAACCGUCAGCUCCACCAGCGCAGAGAUCGUGUCUCGAUUCGAGACGGGAGCCCCAACCCCCAGAAUGCCUCGGAUGCUGAAUAUCAGGACCUCUACCUGCCUUUGCUGAGGGACUGAAGUCAGGCUCAGUCAGGCCUUCCAGAGGCUUUGAGUGCAGGAGGCCCACGGCAGGCAGGGGCUGGCCCUGAGCUGAGCCCUGGAGGUCCAGCACCUCAAGCAGGAGGAAACCCUUCCCUAGCAGAGGCCGGGCCAGCUCCCCCGGGAGGAUCCUCUGGCCAGCUUCCUGAUUUCCUCCCCCACACCCCCUGCUCCAAGCCCCCAUCUCUCCUGGGCCCCCGCCACUCGCUGAGUGGACGGUGAAUCACUGGGGGAAAUGACUGAACGUGCAAGGGAGGCCUUCAGAGGCGGGCCGGAGCCUGGGCAGGAAGGCCGGCCUCCAGAGGAUGCCUUUGGGAGCCGGGCCAGGGGGCCUGGGUCACCCCUCGGGGAAGGGGGAGGAGGAAACCCUUCUCAGCUGUUUUUGAAUUUCAUUUCCAAAAAAAUUGCCAGGAUGUCCUUCCCUAAACAGGGAUGUUGGUGCAGGGAAACAGAGGUGGGGCUGCCUCCGAGG